UGUGAAUAGAGAAAUCAAGAGGCCCUCAACCCACAGUGAGUGGAGAAAGAAGUGAAUGAGCCUGUAAAAGAUCUAGUGACUUUGUUGCAGUCCAGUCUGUCUGCACGUGAAGAUGAGAAGAUGGAUAAACCAACUGGGGAAGGAGACAAUACUAAUAACGGAGCGGCAUGUGGUCUUUGUUCUACUCAACAGUUGAGGAGAUGCUACUUUUCACGGUGGAUAUCACCAAAGCUGUAAAAUCUAGUACUUAGAAAACGAGGAUUUCUGCCAUUGCCAAAUAUUGAUCUCUCUGUCUCCCUCUGUGUUGUAUGCCAUUCAAUGCAGACGCGUAGGAUGAUAAGAUUUGUUGGGGCGUGUUAAUUUGCUUGGUAAUUACUAAUUAGUACGUGAGCUUAUCCAAGAAAUAGAAGUGAAUAAGUCAAGUGUCUGUUCUUGUGUUCUCUGCUGGGAGCUAAGCUAUAAGAAACGGUGCCCUCCCUCUCACGGUACAGAGCAAGUCGGUUUAGUGGGUCAUCAGAUGAUUUGAAGUGAAAAAAAUGAAUUAGUGAAGUGGGUAUAGUGUAAGAUACUCAGAUUUAGCUCUUCAGGAGGGGACCUGCUCUGUGAUUGUUGCUUCUGGAGCACAUCUCUAUUCUCUGGUUUCAGUAUUUUGCCCUGUCUUGGCAGUGAUUGUCAUGCACAGAAUGGGUAACAAAGGAUCAGGUGUAUCACUAUAUUUUCUAAUCUGGACGCUGGUCACACUGGGAGCAAAUGGAUUCAAUGUGGGGAUUACUUAUCUUCAAAGUGCUGUAGCAAAGGGAGCUGUUUGCUUGGAUGGGAGCCCACCAGCAUACCACAUGUCUCCAGGAUUUGGUGCUGGAGUUAACAAUUGGCUGGUUUUCUUUGAGGGAGGAUCAUGGUGUAACAAUGUCACGAGUUGCCUUGCCCGCAAGAACACUCGUUUAGGAUCUUCUAAACAAAUGACCAAGGAAGUUUCGUUCUCUGGAAUUCUGAGCAACAAGGAAAAAUUUAACCCAGAUUUCUAUAACUGGAACAAGAUCAAGGUUCGAUACUGUGAUGGAUCAUCAUUCACUGGAGAUGUGGAAGCAGUAAAUCCGGCGACCAACCUGCACUUCAGAGGGCAAAGAAUUUUUCUUGCUGUUAUAGAGGACCUUCUAGCGAAAGGGAUGAAAAAUGCCAAAAAUGCUCUUCUUACGGGUUGUUCGGCUGGUGGUUUAACUGCCAUUCUCCAUUGCGAUAGGUUCCGUACACUUCUACCUGCGAGUACCAAAGUAAAAUGCAUGGCUGAUGCUGGGUUUUUUAUCAAUGCGAAGUCUGUUGCUGGAACAAGCCACAUACAAGCCUUCUAUAAUGAUGUGGUGGCAACCCAUCAAUCAGCAAAGAAUUUGCCUGCAUCCUGCACUUCAAGAUUUAAUCCGGGUUUGUGUUUUUUCCCCCAAUAUGUGGCACCACAGAUCAGCACACCACUUUUUAUAUUGAACGCAGCUUAUGAUUCAUGGCAGGUAAAGAACAUUUUGGCACCUGGUGUUGCUGAUCCCCAUGGCACUUGGCACGACUGCAAGCUUGAUAUAACUAAGUGUUCAUCCAGUCAACUUCAAAUCAUGCAAGGUUUUAGGAUGGAGUUUCUAAGUACAUUGACAAGAUUGAUGGGCUCUCCCACAAAGGCCCUGUUCAUAAAUUCUUGCUAUUCCCAUUGCCAAACAGGAACACAGGAGACAUGGUUGAGGGAUGACUCCCCUGUUCUUGAUAAAACGUCAAUUUCCAAGGCAGUGGGAGACUGGUAUUUUGACAGGAGUGGUUUCCAGAAGAUUGAUUGUCCAUAUCCUUGCGACAAAUCUUGCCACAACCGUGUUUUCGACUCAGAUGAGCUCUCUGAAUAGCUGAGAGUUGCCAUGUACUGGUUGGGUAACUUAUCAUUGCUACAGAUGAAUCAGGCUCAAUUAAAAAACUAGUCAAAUGGUUAUUGGCAGAAUAAUCUGAGACUACAAAUCUAUACUCAAGGGGUUGGUGGUCUGGAUCAUUUUAUUAUGUAGUACUGCAAUAAAAUCAAAUGAUUUUAAUAUAUGCUAAUGAGUUUGUUUAGUGUUUAUUGUAUUACAUAUUUAUAUACAAAGUGAAUGAGCAUGAACAAUGGAGAACAA